GUGUCACACACAUCAAAUGCCUGCCUGCUGUGUCCCCACCCCACGGCUCCCACAGCACACGGCACGGCAGCCGUUGCAGUUUCCCAGACACUAGGUAGGUGAAUUGUGGUUGGUGCACCUGCAGACGCAGUCCGUCCGUCAUAUGCGCAGACAGAGAAAGAAGCGAACCAGGCUAAGCUAAUCAAGCAUGGCAGCGAGAGAGCAGUACAUACAAUGAUGUGUAUACAUACGUACGAUGGACGAAGGGAUGAUGUGUAUAGGGCCCGAGACAUAUCGAUGUGUAUAUACACACACACAUGCAUAUGGAUGGAUGGAUGGACGGCCCAAUAUAUACCAGACCACAGAUGCAUCAUCCAUGUGGAUGGCCCACAGUCUUAAUGAAUGAAUGCCCACGCCACAAGGGAAAAAGUCCUCAACGGCCCAUCAUCGCUCACACACACACACACACACAUACCCAUAUAUGGCACAACACACACAGCGCCCUCCACACAGCGCCCCACCCCCCCUUCCCCCUCGUCAUGGGCAGCCACAGGCCAUCUUGAGGGCUUGGAACUCCUCCAUGAUGCAGUCGAGGAGCAUGUCGGGCGACUUGACCGUCCUGAGGUCGCUGCCAGCCGCCACCCACAGGCCGUUGCUGUAGGAGAAGGCCGUCACUCCCACACCCACGUUGCCCAUGAUGGGCGGAGCGAAGAAGCAGUGCCGCAGCGCGAUGCCUUUCACAGGACUCAGACGCUGGGGACCUGCAAGCAAGACACACGACACACUGUAUGUGUGGUUAUCCCCCCCUGUCUGUGUCAGUUGUGCCUGCCUACCAGGGACAUUGCUGACAAACAUGCUGAUCUUGCUCCGAAUGGGCUUGAGUAUCGCCUCGGCGAGGCACGAUGGGCACUGGUAGAGCCACUGCAUGAACAGCGCCCCGCCUAGCAGCACACACCCUUGUCUCGAUCCCUCCUCAGCUGCCGCACCACACACCCCAGCCUCUCGAGCGGGCUGGACGCGUCGGCGACUAGGGGCAGCACGGCGAAUGCGUUGAAGAAGCUGUUGGACAGCGUCUUCAGCUCGCCCGUCCUCAGAUUGACCGGCCAAACGAACAUGGCAUCUCGCCAGGUGCUCAGCGGCGAUGGCAGCUCACCCUCUGCUGCAUUCCUAUCACCACCGUGGGUCUUGUUGAUGUAUCGGACGAUCGCGCCCACCACCAGCGACACAAACACCUCAUUGAUGGACACUUUGCUUGCACCCGCCGCCAUGAGCACUUGAUCAGACAUCCUCACGGACCUCAGCUCGUCCAUCGAGAUGCACCUGGGCAGUGAGACCUGUCGCAGGCCGCCGGGCGAGGGACGGUGGGGGGCCGAGCGGGAUGACGGUGGUGGGUCCCAUGACGGAAUAGACGGCAGCAGCGGCAGCGCGAGGAUCGGCAGGGGCGCGUAGAAGAGCAUCGAGGCGUACAUGGCCAGCCGGUCCCACAUGCUGAGUGACGGCAGGUGAGAGAACGACUUGCUGAUGCUGGCAGUCUCAUCUCGGUCGAAAAGCUCUUUGGUGAUCAUGCGCACGAGAGCCGCACCAUCGCCGAGCAGGUGGUGGAUGCGCCACACGAAGAUCGUGCUGGGCGCGCCGUCCAGCCCUUCGCACUGUGGAAUCACCUUGAUCUGCCACGCCGGGCGGCUCAUAGGCAGGUCCCCGUUGAUGCAGAUGUCCAAAUACUCGCGCAGAUCUCGCAAGGGCAGCAAGAGAGGCGCCCCAAGUGACGGCAUCUUGCCGCUCCGCCGGAUCUCCUCUCUCACACAGUCGUGCGGCACCUGGAGGACGUGAUUGCGGACAUCAAACCUCCCGUCCCCCUUGUCAUAGGAGAGGCACCAGCGCCACAGGACUCGCUUGAGAGUGCACUUGAGCCGCUCGUGCUUGUCCACCCACCGCUCCUUCACGGCCUCCAGCAUAUGAGCCAGCGACAGCCCAUCAUCCGCAAAGAAGACGAUGCUGAUGAUAGCGGGUGACUCGACGGUCUCGGCUUGAAGCAUCAUCACCUCGGUGCGGUUGAGGGGCUGCAGGCGGCCAUGAUGGGACGAUAGUAGCGCCACACAGCCGCACACGGUGCGCAGGCACCAUGCUGCGAGGGAGACCGCCAUCAGCAGAGGGUGGAGGAUGAGAGAGAUGACGAACGCGGCCGUCUGGAGGAACAUUUCGUGUCAGCAUUUCAGCUCAUUUCGCCGGCCGUUCAGCAGCAGCGGUUUCACG